CAUUAAAGUUUUUCCAUGCGCCAUCUGCCCAACGCCAAUGAAGGUGGACCUGCAAGCACUUUGUGCGGAUUGUUGGGGGGGCAACAAAUCCAAAGAAGUGCUCGAUUUGUAAAGAGACCUCCACUUUUUGAACGCCACACUGUUCUUACUUACUGGCCCUCCACCCCACACACAGGACAAGAGAGAAGCUCAGGAGCCAUGUGUCCUCUACGUGUACCCCUAUUGGCCAUACUGGUCAGUAUGGCCCUGUGCCAGUAUUAUGACUACGAAGACCAGCCUUCUUCUUCAAUGCUCGGACCCUCAGGGCCCAACUGUAAUCAAGAAUGCGACUGCCCAAUCAGCUUCCCCUCUGCCAUGUAUUGUGACAGCCGCAAGCUCAAGUCGGUUCCGGUAGUCCCAACAGGGAUCAAGUACCUGUACCUCCAGAACAACCAGAUUGAUGAGAUCAAGGCAGGGGUGUUUGAUAACGUUACUGCUGAACUUCGCUGGCUUGUGCUUGACAACAACCAGAUCACCAAUGCUAAGAUAGCAAAGGGAACUAUCGACAAACUCACUGUCCUGGAGAAGCUUUUCUUCAGCAACAACGGCCUCACGGAGCCAGUCAUCCCCCCCUCAAAGGCCCUCGAUGAGCUGAAGAUAAUGCACAACAAGCUGUCCAAGUUCCCCUCUGGACUCUUGUCUGACAAAGAAAAUUUGACCUCGGUCAACCUUCAGCACAAUCAUCUAACCUCUGAUGCCAUCUCGGGGGCAUUCAAAGGCCCCAAGAAGCUGCUGUCCCUGGAUGUGAGCCACAACAAGCUGAAGAAGCUCCCAGCCGGCGUCCCCAGUUCACUGGAAAUCCUCUACGCUGACUACAACGACAUUGACAGCGUCGGAACCGGGUACCUGAACAAGCUGCCCUCGCUGCAGUACCUGAGGAUCUCCCACAACAAGCUGGUGGACUCUGGGCUGCCUGCCGGAGUUUUCAAUGUGUCUUCGCUCGUGGAGCUGGACCUGUCUUUCAACAAGCUGCAGUCCAUCCCUGAGAUCAACCAGCAGCUGGAGCAACUCUACCUUCAGGCCAAUGAGAUCAACAAGAUUGACCUGUCAAGUUUCUGCAAGUUCGUUGAUCCCAUCAACUUUUCCCACCUGAAGCAUCUGCGUCUGGACGCCAACAAUGUCACACAUAGCAACCUGCCCCCUGAGGCCUCCAACUGCCUGCGCCAAGCUUCAGAUGUCAUGUUCGAAUAAGGACCUCCCUCACAUCUAUGACCUGUCCAUGACCCCCUCCCUACUCUCGUGACACAGCUCAUCCCAAAGCCUUGUGGGUUUGAAUGUCAUAAUAUCCCGCCGUUUAAAUUACUGACAUGUCCUUGAACUUCUGACAUAGAUAUUAUUCAAAUCUGGGAUAUUGUACGUGUAUCUUCAACGAACUAAAGCUGGGCAAAUUUGGAAAAAAUUUGAAAGAAAAUUUGUAUCAUAUCUUGCAAAAUGUAAGCAAAUAAGCUUCAAGCAAGUGUAACAAAUAUUUAUGAAGAAAAAUUCAAAAUGUUGAAACAAACGUGAGUGAAAAAAGGUAUAAAGCAAUACAAUUAAAAUAAAUAUAAAAAGUAAUACAAAAAAAUACAAAAAGUUCUAUGAAUAGAAAUUAAUUCAUAUGCUUUGAUUAAAAACACACACUUUAAACAUUCCAAACUUGCAUUUGAUUAUGUUGAAAAAAAGACAGGAGUAAGCAAGAGCUGAAGGUCUCCACUGUCUCAUUUCGAUUGUAGCGUCAUUUUGUUUUCUGUCUUGUAUGUUCCAGUGUUAAGCAUGUAAAAUAUAAUAUGGGUACAGUAAAUAAUCCAUUGCUGUGCAAAGGACCAGCUAAUAAGGAAUGCAUACUCAGUGUGUAAUGCCUAUUUGAGGAAAAUUGUAAAAUAGCUAAGUAUCUUAAAUGAUUUUAUGAGGGAAAAUACCAGUGUUGAUUCCUCCCCCUGAUGCCUCAAUGCAAAUUUGACAUGAUGGAAGAAACUUCUCUGUUCUUUCGAGGAAUAACUAAAGCAGGAUUUGAAUAUUUCUGCAGCCUUUGACGUUAGAACGUCGAAUGAAUGACUCGAGGCAAGACACUGGCAUUAUCCUCAAAAUUACAUACUUCUCUCACUGAAUUUCUCUAUGCUUUUUUCAGAAAUCAUGAAUCAAAUUGUCUCUUCGCUGACUUCGUUCCUAGCUGUCCACUCUCAUGUUCAUUUCUGAUUUGUAUACAACAUUUGCAUUACUUGCAUGCAUCCAAUGGUACAUUUCUUUGAUAAUAAACUACAGCUUUUGCAGUUACGGUUCUCUUAUUGUUAUGUUGUUGUGGUUGUUGUUGUUGUUGUUUGUUAUAAUUGAUAAAUGGUUGUUUUUUUAAAUACAGUCAACUUGGCAGCAACCCCAUGUUGAUUGAAUUUAUGUUCUUGGAAUACCAUUUUUUGUUUAGGUUUGUCGUUUAAUGAUGAUUUCUUGUGUGGCUUUUGACUCAGUAACUGCUCUUGGAUUUACUGUGAGGAAACCAAACACAGUUGAAUAAACGAUGUUUCUGAAA